AACAAAACCAUGAGUCUUGAUAAUUUAGUUUUUUAGUAUUGUUUUUGCGCAAGGAAGGAACAGUCGUUGCUUCAUAAAAAGGAAAAAAAACCCAACCGACGCAUUUUCAUAACUCUUGAAAGAAUAUAUUUAAAGCCGUUUUAUAGAGUUAACUUAAAAAAAUUUACUGUUCAAACAACUGAAGGUUCAAUGCAUUCAUCAACUUCCACCAACAAAGACACCAUUUUUAAGUCUCCUGAUGAUGGUUCUCUUAUCAAUCAAUAUGAAAUCCUAGCUCAGUACCAGAAAUACGAACGGGACUCAUUACCUUGCCAACAAAUGAACAAUUUCCGACAAGUUUGCGAUGGAAAACUUUUUUCUGACAAAGAACGCGAAAAGAACAAUUUGUCAAGAAAUUUAAGAUUUGAUCAACUUGGACGAUAUAAGAUAAUUAUUUUUCCAAUGACUUACCCAUUUAUUGGUUUUGAUCGAGGAAACGUUAAUGAAAUCUAUUCGUUGAUAGACAGAGCACAUCCACCAUUUUUUGAGUUAAGAAUUCAGUACAUAAAAGAAGAAAAUGAAGUCAUUAAGGCUGAGUGCCUCGAUGAUUACUCAAAACGAUUCCUUACUGAGGUAGUAUCUUCAUGGUUCUUCCGUAUACCUCAAAGUCCUCAUAAAUUUCCUAUAAAAAUUAUUGUACAGGACAAAAUGCCUAAGUUUGUAACAUUUGAGUGCAUUCUUGACAAGGCUAUUAAUGACCAUGCGUUCUUGUCUGGUAUUAUUAAAGAAAAUAAUAUUGACACAAGUCGAUGCUAUCUUGAUUACAGUGGGCCUGGGAGUGAUGGAUAUAAAGUUAUUUUCAGAGCAGAUCCAGUUUGUGCUCGUGAAAUUUUUAAGAAGCGCUUCAUUUUAUCAAUUCGUGACAAGUCAGUUCACUUUAAAAUCGUUGAUAAUCCAUACGCAAAGCUCUUCCGUAGAUAAUUUCUUAAACAUUCCGGAAUUUGAUGCAUUAAAAAAAUUCUUAAAUCAUACAUAAAUUUGGACUUGGUGUUUUUUCUUCAUUUUUUAUCUGAUCGAGUGGUCAGAGAACGCUUUUUUUGAGAACUUGGAUUUGAUUCUCACCCAUCACUUUACUGCUUUAUGAAUAUCGAUUUAUAUUUAAUUUUAAUAUUAUAAUAAUCCAAAAUAUAUUUUUCUGAAUUAAAUCACUAUUUUAACCAGCUAACACUUUUGACUUUGCUAUUUUAAACAUUUUUGUGCAUUUUUUCUUACUGGAAUGAUACUAAAACUUAUUUUUGAACAAGCUUUACGUCUUUGCACUACCUUAACUCGCUUUUCAACUGACAAAAAUCGAAUACACGGCCAAAAAUUUACUCUGCCUCUUUACAUGUUUUUUUUUUUUUUUAUUUAUUUGUCGACGUUACCGUCCGGAAGAAUUAGUAUUUAUACAUGUUUUACUUUUUACAUUGAUUAGUGAUACAUUUCAUAUCACUAUGGGUGACGUAGAAUCAAGCUUCUAAUCUUCAAAUCUAGGUUUCAAAUAAACUAAGGCUCUCGUUUCAAUCUUCUGUGGGUGUGACGUGAUACAUUUCAGGUCUGUUCUGACAAUAUUCCAUUAUAAGGUAAUCUUGUAGCUCUCGUUCCUAUUUCUCCCAUUACACUUCAAGUUCCUGAUCCGUUCCUUAAUCCAACGUUGCCCAAAAUGCCCAAUUAUGGCUUGAUCUCGUACAUUAAGCAGUCGAAGUAUCUAAACUUCUGAAAAAGAACAAAUUUGGAAAUGGCUGGAUUCGAACCGACGACCUUCGAGUUACUAUACCAAAUUUGAGCCAAGCGCCUUACCUAUUCGACCAGCAAGGCACUUAACUGCAUCUAUGAAUGCACACGAAAGUGAAAAUAUUUGUCUCACAUUCAUAAUUCAGUUUGUUUUUAGCAAAACACAGAAUGAGUAAGAUACGUGAGCCGUAAGUUCACAAUGGAAGGCUUUUACUGAAACGGACCUGGAGACAUUGUGACCUACUGAAAAUUGGAACGAGUGCCGACAUGAACACUAGUUCUAAGAUUUAAAAACAGUUUUUAAUUGGCUGCUGGACACACAACUGCUUAGUGAAAAUUAUGCGCUACACACUGAGCUGGCGUACACAAAAUAGAUUUAAGAAUUAUUAAUGUUAAGAAUAUGAAAUGUAAGCUCUCCAAACAGGCUACACGUCGAGAUCAUGUCACGUAACAAAAUUGACAUUAUAUGUCAUGAAUUUAUUUGAUCAUAAAUAAUAAAUACGAAAUUAGCAGGCACUUCCUCUAAAUCUAUGCUCUAGUCAGUCUCUUAUAGAUUGUCAAGCUAUUAAGAUGAAAAUUUUAAAAACAAAUAUAAAGCAUCAAGUAAAAGAGCUUUUAAGGAACUUUAGCAUUCAUGGGAUACGAUAUAUUGCUGAGGAUCAACGAACAUCCAUAGAAAAGUUUAUCUGGCUCUGCAUACUUCUUAUUUCAGCUACGUCUGCUUCUAUUACUAUAUCUAGGCUGUGGGAUAAAUUUCAAUUAAAUCCAACGAUUACAGGCUUAGACACUGACUUUUCACUUAAAAAUAUCGACUUCCCAACUGUUGCAGUAUGUCCAGCAAUAUCUUAUGGAAGUAAUUCAGUCUAUCAAGUCGCUAAAGAGUUUGUUGGAAACCAUUUGAGUGAUUUUGACUCCAACAUUCCUUUAUUAGAAGCGCUAGUUACAUUGACAUACAGUAACAUAAAGGCAUUCGAAAAACAUCUAGCUGACAUCAAUAGAAAUGCAACAACUUUUUGGAAUCGACAGUCACUGCGAGAAUUGGUCUUCAAAGUUCAUGUAAAUUGUGAGGAUAUCUUUGAAAGCUGUUCAUUCAAAAAUGAGAAAGAAAAGUGCUGCUCAAUUUUCAAGCCAAUUUAAACCGAACAAGGCUUGUUAUGCCUUUAAUUCACGAUAUUAUGGUACAGGAUUUUCUGAGUAAGUCAUGAACCUACUGACA